AUGACUCUACCACCUGAUGCUGUUCCGCUAGCUGGUGCGAAGAAUGUGAGUGUUGCUGUGCGUGGCACCACUCUUCACAUCUUCUGCGAUCUCACACGCGACUACGGCAUCAGCGGCUCUGGGAAGAGUGUUGUGAUUGCGAGUUCGGGCGGCAAUCGCCCACUCGGCGCCACCAACGCCUUCGUGGGCCUCAACAUUUUCUGCAAAGCGGCAGCGGCGCGGUGUUUGGACGCGGCGGGAGUGGCGGCCCUGCGGGAGUGGACGGAACUUGGCACAGCCGCACAGUGGCGGGUGCACGGCCCCGAUUCUGUGUGUAAAGAAGAGGAAACAACAACAAGAGAGGAUAAUGGUAAGAAUAAGAAUAAGGAAGAGACGGAUAAGGAUAAGGAUGCGAGUAAGAGUGAGGGUUGGGUUUUGGAAAUGGCGGUGGACUUUGCACGGGCGGGGGAUAAAGUGGCAUCCUCUGGCAAAUCGGUUUUACUCUCCUCCACUGGUGGAAACAAGGCGGUGGCGAAAACGGGUAUUAUUUGUGGAAUGAAUUGUUAUAUCCCAAUUGGUAAAGAACUGCAACUUGACAGACUUAAUACUAUUGUGGGAUCACCACAACUCGCUAACGGGGAAGUGCGGGAUUUGGGAAAUGGAUUUCAAGUAGAGAUGAUCUCUCAAACACAGGCGAUUGUACACUGUGAGUACACACAGGAUGACUCGGCGGCUACUAAGACUAUGCCAUCUUUUACACUUAAUGGUGAAAUCACCAUAGCGACUAUGGUGAAGUCCAGCAGGAAAAAGAGAAAGGGAGAAGAACAGACAGAAGUGAAGAAGGAUAAUAAUGGAGAUACUUCAUUUACAGCACCUUCACAGAAAUCUAAAAACCUCCUUGUGCGAUGUACAAGAAAAAACAAAGAUGAUAAUGAUGAUGACACUAUUCUUGUGGAUUUUCAAUUUGAUCCCACACAAACGCAAGGUCAUUCUGCCUCUGGGAAAUCUAUUACUGUAGCGACAUCAGGUGGUUGGUGUGAAAUUGGAAAGGGUUUAAGUAUCAGCUUUAAUGCCUACAAAUCCGCCCCACCCGUCGCUACUGAAGAGAUCGUAACAAGUGUAGCGAAGGUAUUAGAUGCCCGUUCACCAGAGGAGAUCGCCUCCCUCUCACUUAAAACAGUAAUUACCGAAGUCUCAGAGAAAUUGGGUAUAGAGAAUGGAGCCACUGGACCUAUUAAAGAACAGGUAAAACAUGCGGUGAUGGAUUAUAUGAGUAAGGUAGGAAAGUCUUCAAACACUGUACCAGCAGCGGUGCGGGAGGCGGUGGUUAAAAUUCUCAGUACACGUACACAAGAAGAAUUGGCCACUCUUUCACUUAAAACAGUUAUGGCGGAAGUCUCACAAGUUGUGGAGGGCGAGUUAGCGGAUGACUCUGGGGAAUUAAAGGAACAAGUAAAAACCGCCGUAAUGGAUUUUCUUCGCAAGAAUGUUAAAUAA